AAGCACAGUGUUGUCGUGCUGAGAAAGUGUGUGUGACAUCCACAGUAACGAGCCAACAAAGUACACCGGUCUUUGAAGCCAAUUUUACAUAGUGGAAACAGUGUUUUUGACGGAGUUUGUGUGAUUGUGUGAAAAUGUGUAAAGUCCAAAUGCUGAGAGCGUUGGUGAAGCAGCGACUAACUGCGGCUGCUGAAGAGAUAUUUGGGCUGUUUGAAAGAACGAUAGCAGAGUACGAGGAGGAACUUUGUCGUUCAAAAGAGGAGAACGAGCGACAACGGAAACUACUGGACGCUGUUUUCAACCCUCAACUUCGGUUACACAGAGCAGAUGUCCAGCAGUUGUCGGUGAUUAAAGAAGAGGUUCCCCCUGAGCAGCAGCAGGAGUGGAGACCCACUCUGGACCAGGAGGACCCAGAGCCCCCACACAUUAAAGAGGAACAGGAGGAAGUCAGGACCAGUCAGGAGGAAGUCAGGACCAGUCGGAAGGAAGUCAGGACCAGUCGGAAGGAAGUCAGGACCAGUCGGAAGGAAGUCAGGACCAGUCAGGAGGAAGUCAGGACCAGUCAGGAGGGAGAGCAACUUCAAGAGUUUACAUUCACUUCUGUCCCUGUGAAGAGUGAAGAUGAUGAUGAUGAAGAGAAGCUUCCUCAAAGACUAACUGAACAGAUGGAAACAGAUGAUGGAGAGGACUGUGGAGGACCAGAACCAGCCAGGAACUCGGAUUCAGAUGAACAUUCACAACCUGAUACGGAUGGUAAGACUGAAGACUCUUCUAAAUCUGGGACUGAUGAUAGCGACAAUGAUUUUAAAGACACCAGGGAACCUCAGCCAGGUGAUGUUUCCAAUAUAAAGCCUUUGAGCUGUUCAGUUUGUAAGAAAUGUUUUUCAAGGAGACAAGGUUUACGUAGACACCUGAAAACUCACACAGGAGAGAAACCGUUUAGCUGCUCAGUUUGCAAUAAAAGCUUUGGACAAAAGAAUACUCUGCAGACACAUAUGAGAAGUCAUACUGGUGAGAAACCAUUCAGCUGCUCAGUGUAUGAUAAAAGCUUCAGUCGUAAGAGUCAUCUGCAGAGACACAUGCAAAGUCAUAUUGGUGAGAAACCAUUUAGCUGCUCAGUGUGCGAUAAAAGGUUUGGACAAAAGACUAAUCUUCAGUUACACAUGAGAACUCACACAGGUGACAAACCAUUCAGCUGCUCAGUGUGUGAUAAAAGCUUUAGUCGUAAGAGUCAUCUGCAGAGACACAUGCAAAGUCAUAUUGGUGAGAAACCAUUUAGCUGCUCAGUGUGCGAUAAAAGGUUUGGACAAAAGAGUAAUCUGCAGAAACACAUGAGAACUCAUACAGGUGAGAAACCAUUCAGCUGCUCAGUGUGCGAUAAAAGCUUUGGACAAAAGAGUACUCUGCAGUAUCACAUGGGAACUCACACAGGUGAGAAACCUUUCAGCUGCUCAGUGUGUCAUAAAAGCUUCCAUUUAAAGCGUAUUCUGCAGUUACACAUGAGAACUCACACUGGUGAGAAACCAUUCAGCUGCUCAGUGUGCGAUAAAAGCUUUGGAUAUAAGCAUGGUCUGCAGGAUCACAUGAGAACUCACACUGGUGAGAAACCUUUCAACUGCUCAGUGUGUCAUAAAAGCUUCCGUCAAAAGAGUCAUCUGCAGAUGCACAUGCAAAGUCAUAUUGGUGGGAUACAGUACAGCUGCUCAGUGUGCGAUAAAAGGUUUGGACAAAAGAGUCAUCUGCAGAGGCACAUGAAGACUCAUACAGGUAAGAAACCAUUCAGCUGCUCAGUAUGCCAACAAAACUUCGUUAAAAAGAGUACUCUCGAGGAGCACAUGACAACUCACACAUCCAGCUCAGUCUGCAGUUAAAGCUUCUGUAUUAAAAGUACUAUGCAGAGACACAUGAGAGCAGCAGGAAAUUAAGAAUCCUGUUCAGCUAUUACAGACUAGAAACUAGACAUCAGAGAUGCACCAUGACAUUAGAACAACAGUGUCUGGCGGCUAGGUCUGUAACUAUUCUGAAUCAGAGUGAGUGAUAACAAUGUGACAAUGGAAAACAACUUUCCCCUGCCUGGCUUACGGGAUCACUGGCUAACAACUCAGCAAGAGUUUACCCAUUUCUCCAGGAACCACUACACCACUGAACAUAGUGGGCAUAAAUAGCUGCGCACAGUUUAACUGUGUUCAUGACUAAGCACGAGACUGCUUAACUUUUGUAACUGUAAUGUAUUGAUCUGGUUUUAUUGUUGUGAUUUUGUUAUGGUUUAUGUUAGGUUACUGUGUUACUCAUGUUCUACACUGCUAUGGUGAUCUUAGUUAAAUGUUAUGUUCCACACAGAAACAGUCUUUGUACAACAAACUUUUUUUAACUUGCCACUUUUCAUAUAAGAUCACCUCGGCCUUUAACACAACCACACACAGCAGAGAGAACCUUUAAAACUCUGCUUUGUCUCUGCUGAACAAGCUCAACAUAAUGUGCAACACACACUCUGUUUUUUUAUUUAGUUUAGUGCAUUGUAGUUUGAUCAUAUUGUGUUUAUACUUUAUAUUUUUAAUAAAUGCUAUCAAAUAUACAUGCUGGUUUAUUAAAUAUUCCACAAAUGUGAAGGAUACCAAACUCUAUGUUGAGCUACAAAUCCUUCAGCUGACUUAAUGUGAACAUGAUGAACUUAGUUAUAGUUUUUGAAUAAAUAAAUUAGUGUUUCAGAUUAAUUGUUUUGUAUAUUCUAUGAGACUGAGUAUCAUUCAGUUAAUAGUUUUCCUUUUAAGGGUGGUGUCCUGAGGACCUUCUGAUAUAAUACGUAUACGGAUAUUGAUUACUGUUAUUUUUAAUUUUCUUUGAUCAUUUUGAUAGCCAGAAUUAAUUGAUUGCUCCUCCAAAGUUUGAUGACCCUUUAAAUAGUUUUAAUUACCACAAUGUGCAGAAGUUCUUUUUUUGUUUUUGGUGAAUAUUUUAAAUUCUUUGUCUGUUUAAUCAGUAGAAUGAUCAUUGUUGUAUUUUCUGUACUUUAUUUUGUCUGUGUUUUAUCGAUCACCCUGUGUGGUGUUUGAAUGUGUGGAAUCUACAUUGUUACUAACAGGAAACAUUAUAAAACAUAAUCAUUAAUGUCAGUUUAUGGGUCCAUGUAUCUUAAAGUUUCAGGUUGCCAUCAAUAAACUUUAUUUUCAUAAAAGGA